UAAUGACAGAAGGAGCGAAACCCCCCAGCUGAAGGGCCACCUCACGCCUUCUAACCUAACACCCAACGGCUGGAACUUCCACUCCGUCUUGGAUCAUGCGCACUCCAGAGCUCCAGUGCGCUUAAAGGCAAACCCGAAGUUCGAGAAGUCUUGGGGGUCUCGAGGUAGGGGGCUUAACUCAGUUUCCCAGCUUUAGGUAUGAACGUGUCUCACGGACUGCUGGCUCCAGCCAUGGCGGGGUCUCGCGUGCCCUUGGCGGACGAGCGCGAGCAGUUCCUCGGGCGCCUCGUGCAGAUCGCCGUGCUCUGCGUGCUCUCUCUGACCGUCAUCUUCGGCGUCUUCUUCCUCGGCUGCAACCUGCUCAUCAAGUCCGAGAGCAUGAUGAACCUGCUGGCCGACGACCGGAGACCCUCCAAAGAAGCGGAGAUCAUCAUGAUCGCGGCGUGAGGGGAUCCAGGAGGACUUGUAGCGCUCAGGAUGAUUCACGGACCUGAAAAGUGGAGAAGAGCUGAACUUUGCUUCUCUCUGAGCCCCGAGGAGGAGCAGGAGGAGGAGGUGGAGGAGGACAUGGACGUGGACUUGUUGAGCUUUAGCGUCAUCCCUGUUUCAGGACUGCCAAAAUACCAAAUGCAUGCUGAAGUAAGAGUGAUGUUUUUUAAUAAACCACGAUGAAUAUAGACGUCCGUGUAGUGUAAUCAGUUACUUUUUGAAGCAAACUCUUCAAAAUAAGGGUGUCACAAGAGGACAUAGAACAUAAACACUUUUGGUUCCCCAAAGAACCAUUUUUGUAAGUGAGAUGGCUGUGAAGAAGCUUUUAAACGUUUAAAGAAGGGCUGGGCGAUAUGACAGUAUAUAUCAUUAUCGUGAUGAAUUGACACGAUACAAUAGAGAAUGCUACAAAGCCCUGCUGGUGACAUCCCGUAUAAAUAAAAAUAAUGCGUGGCCACAACUUAGUAAGGCAUGGGAACAGGGUAAUUAAGUUGCAGCCAUGACUUAUCA